CGUGUGUCGGCAGCUCCCGGUAGCUUUGUCAACAAUGGAAACGUAAACCUGCCAAUUCAUUCUGCUGUUCUACAUUGCCUGUCAUGCUAGUUAGCCGCUAGCAUUAGCAUUGACGCUUCUGGUGGAGAAUAAAUCGGUACAUUUAAGCAAGCACCGGACUCACGAUUUGACAUUAGUCGAGUCGAAAGUGUAUUUGGUGUUUGGACGAGAUGCCGGCGGUUUUGAACUCCAGACCUCAGACAGGUCUGUCCUUCUUGGCACCAGAACCAGAAGACCUUGAGGAUCUGUACAGCAGGUACAAGAAGCUGCAGCAGGAGCUGGAGUUUCUGGAGGUGCAGGAGGAAUACAUUAAGGACGAGCAGAAGAACCUGAAGAAGGAGUUCCUCCACGCGCAGGAGGAAGUGAAGAGGAUUCAGAGCAUCCCUCUCGUCAUUGGCCAGUUCCUGGAAGCCGUGGACCAGAACACGGCCAUUGUUGGCUCCACUACUGGGUCCAACUACUACGUGCGCAUCCUGAGCACCAUCGACCGGGAGCUGCUCAAGCCCAACGCCUCGGUGGCCCUGCACAAGCACAGCAAUGCCCUGGUGGACGUGCUGCCCCCCGAAGCCGACAGCAGCAUCAUGAUGUUGACGUCGGAUCAAAAACCCGAUGUGAUGUACGCCGACAUCGGAGGCAUGGACAUUCAGAAGCAGGAAGUCAGGGAAGCCGUGGAGCUUCCACUCACACAUUUUGAGCUCUACAAGCAGAUUGGCAUUGACCCGCCCAGGGGAGUCCUCAUGUAUGGGCCCCCAGGUUGUGGGAAGACCAUGUUGGCCAAGGCUGUGGCUCACCACACCACAGCGGCGUUCAUCCGCGUGGUGGGUUCUGAGUUUGUGCAGAAGUACCUGGGCGAAGGCCCUCGCAUGGUGCGUGACGUGUUCCGCCUGGCCAAGGAAAACGCCCCCGCCAUCAUCUUCAUCGACGAGAUCGACGCCAUCGCCACAAAACGCUUCGAUGCGCAGACCGGAGCCGACAGAGAAGUGCAGAGAAUAUUGCUGGAGCUGCUCAAUCAGAUGGACGGUUUCGACCAGAACGUCAAUGUCAAGGUGAUCAUGGCCACCAACAGAGCAGACACGCUGGACCCGGCCCUGUUACGUCCUGGCCGUCUGGACCGGAAGAUCGAAUUCCCGCUGCCCGAUCGCAGGCAGAAACGUCUCAUUUUCUCCACCAUCACCAGCAAAAUGAACCUCUCCGAGGAGGUGGACCUGGAGGACUAUGUGGCCCGACCAGACAAGAUCUCUGGAGCUGAUAUCAACUCCAUCUGCCAGGAGGCGGGAAUGCUGGCUGUGCGGGAGAACCGCUACAUCGUCCUGGCCAAAGACUUUGAGAAGGCCUACAAGACCGUCAUCAAGAAGGACGAGCAGGAGCACGAGUUCUACAAAUAGACGUCACGGAAGAAAGCAGAGGGGAUGGAAUUAGGACCGAGCCAACUGGUUGUCUCGGACUAAAAGGCAAGGCCUAAGUUUGUAUUUAGCCUCACGUGUCCCGAAAGUCAUCCGGAGUGUUUUUGUACAGCCACGGUAACGACACCGACGAAUCAGGCCACACCUCCAGUGGGGGUUGCAUGGAAUAAGUACUGGGUAUAUGAUGUGACCUGCAAAUCCAUUAAAAGUCUUUUUCAUUCAA